AUGAGAGAGGUUCUGGAACAACUCUUCAUUUUUGUAGGACUGCUAGUGUGCCUGGUCUACCUGGUAAAGUGUGUGAACUUCUCCAAAUAUAUUUUCCUGCACUUCUGGAAUGUUUUGCCAAGGUCUUUCUUGAAGUCAAUGGGACACUGGGCAGUGAUCACUGGAGCAGGAGAUGGGAUCGGGAAAGCUUAUGCAUUCGAGCUAGCAAGACAAGGGCUCAAUGUUGUACUGAUCAGCCGGACACUGGAAAAACUACAGGCCAUUGCUGUGGAGAUUGAGGUGACUACAGGGAGUAGUGUGAAGAUUAUACAAGUGGAUUUUACUAAGGACGACAUCUAUGAGUAUAUUAAAGAAGAACUUAAAGGCUUAGAAAUUGGAAUUUUAGUCAACAAUGUUGGAAUGCUUCCAAGCCUCCUCCCAAGCCAUUUCCUUAAUACAUCAGAUGACAUCCAGAGCCUCAUCCACUGUAACAUCACUUCAGUAGUGAAGAUGACACAGCUAAUUCUGAAAGACAUGGAAUCAAGGCGGAGAGGGCUCAUCUUGAACAUUUCUUCUGGGGUGGCUCUCUUUCACUGGCCUCUAUACUCCAUGUAUUCGGCUUCCAAGGCUUUUGUGUACACAUUUUCCAAGGCGCUGCAAGCAGAAUAUAAAGCGAAAGGAAUCAUUAUCCAGGUGCUGACCCCAUAUGCUGUUUCGACCCGCAUGACAAACUACAUCAACACCAACCUGAUAACCAAGACUGCUGAUGAGUUUGUUAAAGAAUCACUGAAUUACGUCAUGAUUGGAGAUGAAACCUGUGGCUGCCUUGCCCAUGAAAUCUUGGCGGGCUUUCUGAGCCUGAUUCCAUCGUGGGCCAUCUACAGCAGCAUGUUCAAGACGCUACUCCUGACUCGCUACCCCCACUACCUCAAGCGGAACUCCCACACCAGUUAGUUGGGGCGGGCUCAUGUGCCACCUAGCAUGC